AUGGCGAGUGGGCUCGUGAUGAUUGUUAGUCUUGACAUUCCACCUUCCCCCCUCCCCUAAAGCCAUCGAUCUUCUUCUGGGAGAUAGUGCCCAAGUUGUAUGACAGGAUCUAUCCAGAGGACCACUUGAGGGCUAACUGUGCAAUCUCGUCUUUGUCACUCGGUUCUUGUUAUCAAUUGAGAUGACUCCUGGCCUGGGAUUCUUCUAUUCAGGCCUGCUGAGACGGAAAAAUGCGCUCUCGAUGAUCUUCCUCUCCUUGGCCGUCUACGGCGUCGUCUCCUUCCAAUGGUUCUUCUGGGGCUACAGUCUUUCGUUCGCCCCCGAUGCCUCUCCCUUCAUCGGCACACUCUCUCAGUUCGGAUUCAUGAAUGUCGACCUACAGCCGUCGAUCGGCGGGCCCAAGAUUCCUGCCUUAGGUUAUGCUAUUUAUCAGAUGAUGUUUGCAACCAUCACUCCAAUGAUUGCGCUCGGUGCCAUCGCUGAGCGAGGUCGCAUCGCCCCAGCGUUGGUGUUUACCUUUGUCUGGACUACUCUAGUCUAUGAUCCUAUUGCAUGCUGGACUUGGAAUCCAAACGGAUGGACCGCCAAGAUGGGAACGCUUGAUUUUGCCGGCGGAGGCCCUGUUCACAUGAGCUCUGGAACAGCCGCUCUCGCUUACAGCAUCUGGCUUGGCAAGAGACGUGGCUAUGGAACUGAAAAGCUUGCUUACAGACCUCACAACGUAUCGCACGUUGUCCUAGGAACCGCUUUCUUGUGGUUUGGAUGGUUUGGCUUCAACGGUGGAUCGGCCCUGGCUGCCAACUUGCGAGCUUUCCAAGCCAUCAUGGUUACAAACACGGCCGCUGCCGUUGGAGGGUUGACUUGGCUGUUACUGGACUAUUGGCAAGAGCGGAAAUGGUCUCCAGUUGGCUUUUGCUCUGGUGCGAUUGCCGGCUUGGUUGGGGUUACUCCUGCAUCUGGAUAUAUUGGAACCCCGGCGAGCGUCGCCAUUGGAGUGAUCACCGCGGUAAUUUGCAACUACUCAACCAAACUGAAAAUCCUACUAGGAUGUGACGAUGCACUUGAUAUCUUUGCCUCUCACGGUAUUGGGGGCUUUGUUGGAUCCAUCUUGACUGGGAUCUUUGCAGAUCAUCGGGUCGCUGGAUUUGAUGGAACCACAAUCAUUCCGGGGGGAUGGAUCAACCAUCACUACAUGCAGAUCCUGUAUCAACUCGGAAGCUCGUGCGCCAUCAUGGCCUACGCCUUUGUGGCCACUCUGAUUAUCCUCAUCGUCAUGAAUUACAUUCCCGGACUCUCGUUAAGGGCUACACCCGAGGCUGAGGUGAUUGGAAUUGAUGAACACGAAUUGGGAGAAUGUGCUUAUGAUUAUGCGCUCCUGGAGAGAGACCUCGAGAACGUUGACUAUCAUGAUGAGCUCCUGAAAGCCACCCGAGAAACGGGUGGAGCAUCAGCCGAGUCUCACACCGGCUCAACGGUGAAUAUGUCGCAACGUCAUCCAGGAAUCAUCACACCCGAAGUGGAACGAGUCGACGUGCCAGCAUCUAAUUCCAACUUCAAAAUGGGCUAG